AAAUGAAUGAGAUUGUACUCCAGGUGCACUGGCAAGAAACUCUUCGAGGCUACGUUGCUGGGAUACUAACCACACACAGGGUGCUUAUGGUUUCAGUGGAUCUUGACAUACUGGCAAGCUGUUCCACAAAAUUUGAUAAAGGACUUCCUUCAUUUAGAUCCCUUUUAUUGCUUGGACCUGCUCUUCUGUUUUCUACUGCCACUGCAAUUAGCGUGCUUGGCUGGGAUGGAAUUGUGAGGACAAUUCUUUCUGUUAGCAUGCCCUAUGCAGUUUUGGUUGGUGCUCUGAAUGAUAGAUUGCUGCUUGCUAACCCAACGGAUGUUAAUCCCAGACAAAAGAAAGGGGUUGAGAUUAAGAGCUGUCUUGUUGGACUCCUUGAACCUCUUCUUAUUGGAUUUGCCACAAUGCAACAAACUUUUGAGCAGAAGCUUGAUCUGUCAGAAAUACUGUACCAAAUAACAUCAAGCUUGCGUAUCACACCAAGAUCUCUCAAUAUUCUAGCUAGAGGUCCUCCUGUUUGCGGAGAUCUUGCAGUUUCAUUAUCUCAAGCUGGUCCACAGUUCACUCAGGUGCUGCGGGGUGUAUAUGCUAUCAAAGCUCUCCGUUUUUCUACUGCUUUACAUGUUUUGAAGGAUGAGUUCUUGCGUUCUAGAGAUUAUCCAAAGUGUCCUCCAACCUCGCAUUUAUUCCACCGGUUUCGACAGUUGGGAUAUGCCUGUAUCAAGUAUGGUCAGUUUGAUAGUGCAAAAGAAACUUUUGAGGUCAUUGCAGAUUAUGAAAGCAUGCUUGAUUUGUUUAUAUGCCACCUUAACCCCAGUGCCAUGAGGUGUCUUGCUCAGAAACUGGAAGAAGAAGGUUUGGAUUCAGAGUUGAGGCGGUACUGUGAAAGGAUUUUACGAGUUCGCUCUACUGGCUGGACACAAGGCAUUUUUGCCAACUUUGCUGCUGAAAGCAUGGUUCCCAAAGGUCCUGAAUGGGGUGGUGGGAACUGGGAAAUUAAAACUCCUGCUAAUUUGAAUAGUGUACCUCAGUGGGAGCUGGCUGGAGAAGUGAUGUCAUACAUGAAGACUGAUGAUGGUACCAUACCAGCCAUUAUUACUGACCAUAUCGGUGUUUACCUGGGUUCAAUUAAAGGAAGAGGCAAUGUUGUUGAAGUAAGGGAAGAUAGUUUGGUCAAAGCUUUUAUCCCUGCAGGUGACAAUAAGCCAAAUGGGCUUCCCAAUUCCUUAGCUAAAUCCAUUUCCAACAAGUCAAAUGGUCUGCCUGCUGGUCAUGUGAAGCUUGAUGCUUUGAUGGGUCUGGAAACUCUUACUAAACACGCAGGUACCUCUGCUGCCGAUCAACAGGCAAAAGCAGAAGAGGAAUUCAAGAAAACGAUGUAUGGAAGUGCUACUGAUGGUAGCAGCAGUGAUGAGGAAGGAGUGUCAAAAACAAAGAAGCUGCAAAUUAGAAUUCGGGAUAAGCCAGUUUCAUCUACUACAGUGGAUGUCAACAAGAUCAAAGAAGCUACAAGGCAGUUUAAACUUGGUGAUGGUUUAGGCCCACCUAUGAGGACAAAAUCAUUAACUGGCUCCCAGGAUCUUGGUCAGAUUUUAUCCCAACCUCCUACUAGUGCAAAUGCAGCUAGCACUGCCCCUGCUGAUUUGUUUGGUACUGAUCCCUUAACGCAGACAGUGCCAGUAUCACAACCAGGUCUGAUGGUCAUGGGUGGAGGAGUUACAACUGGACCUAUCCCAGAAGACUUUUUCCAGAACACAAUACCUUCCCUGCAAGUUGCAGCAUCAUUGCCUCCUCCAGGAACUUUUCUUGCAAAACUGGAUCAAAUUUCUCAAGGGGUUGGAAGGAACAAUAUAGCACCCAACCCAGCUGCUGCUUCUGUGACUGAUAUUGGUCUUCCUGAUGGUGGUGUUUCACCACAACCAUCUCAACUAGCUGCCUCAUUUGUGUCCAUUGGACUUGUUGAUGGUGGUGUCCCGCCACAAGCUUCUGGUCAGGCUGCCAUUCCACCUCAGUCUCAAGUUCAAGUACCUCAGGUCCAGCUUUCUACACCUCCUCUUGAUCUUAGUGUUCUUGGAGUUCCAGAUUCAGGAAAAUCUCCUGCCCCUGCAUCUCCGCCGUCAUCUGUGAGACCUGGACAGGUUCCCCGAGGGGCAGCUGCACCUGUAUGUUUCAAGACUGGACUUGCACACCUUGAACAGAAUCAACUACCUGAUGCCCUGUCCUGUUUUGAUGAAGCUUUCCUGGCACUAGCUAAGGAUAACUCUCGUGGAGCUGAUAUCAAAGCUCAAGCAACCAUCUGUGCUCAGUACAAGAUAGCAGUAACUCUUCUCAAGGAAAUUGCACGGCUGCAGAAAGUGCAAGGCCCAAGUGCACUCAGUGCAAGGGGUGAGAUGGCUAGAUUGUCAAGGCAUCUGAGUUCUUUGCCUCUACUGGCAAGGCACCGAAUAAAUUGCCUCCGAACCGCCAUCAUGCGAAAUAUGGAAGUGCAGAACUUUGCAUAUGCCAAGCAGAUGCUUGAGCUGCUCCUGUCCAAAGCUCCACCAAGUAAGCAGGAUGAGUUGAGAAGCCUGAUUAACAUGUGCGUUCAUAGGGGUUUGUCCAAUAAGUCUAUUGAUCCUUUGGAAGAUCCUUCCCAGUUCUGUGCUGCCACGCUCAGCCGUCUUUCAACAAUCGGAUACGAUGUGUGUGAUCUCUGCAGAGCCAAAUUUUCAGCUCUCUCUGCACCUGGAUGCAUAAUCUGUGGAAUGGGAAGUAUUAAAAGAUCAGAUGCACUCACAGGGCCUGUUCCUUCCCCAUUUGGCUGAUGUCUAAAUGAGGAGAAUUUUUGGCUCGCUCUUCUCUCAACUGCUCAGGAAGGAAAUCUGGCCUUGAAAAUUAUCGGUUCCUUCCUUCCCCAAGGAAAAGUUGCUGCUAUGGAAAUGUGCUUUGAAGAAUAUCAGCACCAGUAUGCUUGGAAGGGAACUAGCAGCGCGUGUAGUAACUUGUUUGUAUUUUCUUUCAUGUGCUCAAUCUCUCAUACGAUCAUCAUCCUGAUUUUUUAUUGCGAUGUUUAGCCAUAGAACAUAAUUUAUGCAAGAAAUUUUGUAGAAUAUGUGAUAUAGUUUCAUGUGGGUUGUAAUAAAUAGGCGUUGAGCAUCAGAUUGAAAGUAAUCAGUACUUUUACGGGGUUGCUAAACGGGCAUCCUCUCCGUAUUUACUUGCUUUUA